CCGGGCCUGAGCCGGCGGGUGUCGGCACCACCUCCGGGGCCCGGCCCGGCCCGGCCCGCCCGUCGGCGGCCACAAUGUUCUCCCUCAAGCAGCCCAAAUCCACCUUCAAGUCGUACCUUCUGCCUCAGGCUGACGACAAUAUAGCGUCAGAACCAAGGAUUAAAAAACUGGAACCAGUACUUUUACCAGGUGAAAUUGUGGUGAACGAAGUAAAUUUUGUAAGAAAGUGCAUUGCAACAGACACAAGCCAGUAUGAUCUGUGGGGCAAGUUGGUUUGCACUAACUUCAAGAUUUCCUUUAUUACGGAUGACCUGAUGCCACUGCAGAAAUUCCAUUAUAAAAAUCUCCUCCUUGGUGAACACGAUGUCCCACUCACAUGCAUUGAGCAGAUUGUCACAGUGAAUGACACCAAGAGGAAGCAGAAGGUCCUUGGUCCCAACCAAAAACUUAAAUUUAACCCAACGGAAUUAAUAAUUUAUUGCAAAGACUUCCGUAUUGUCAGAUUUCGUUUUGAUGAAGCGGGUCCUGAAAGUGCAAAAAAGGUGUGCCUUGCAAUAGCUCAUUAUUCCCAGCCAACGGAUCUUCAGCUUCUCUUUGCAUUUGAGUAUGUUGGAGAAAUAUAUCAUAAUCCAGCAAAGAAGGUGAAUGGCAUAGACCCAGGAGGUGGUGGCGGUGGCAUCGGCAGUGCCAGUGGUCAGCAGACUCCUUUGUUUGAAACUUACUCGGAUUGGGAUAGAGAAAUCAAAAGGACAGGUGCAUCCGAGUGGAGAGUGUGCUCAGUCAAUGAAGGUUAUAUGAUCUCCACUUGCCUUCCAGAAUAUUUUGUGGUUCCGUCUUCCUUAGCAGAUCAGGACCUGAAGCUGUACUCCUACUCCUUCAUUGGGAGGAGAAUGCCUUUAUGGUCCUGGAAUCACCCUAACGGGAGUGCCCUUGUGAGAAUGGCCAACAUUAAAGAUGUGUUGCAGCAGCGAAGAAUUGAUCAAAGGAUUUGUAAUGCCAUAACUCGAAGCCACCCCCUGAGAAGUGAUGUUUACAAAUCUGACCUGGACAAGUGUCUCCCCAACAUCCAGGAAAUCCAGGCUGCACACAUCAAGCUCAAACAGCUCUGUGUCAAUGAGCCUUUUGAUGAAACCGAAGAGAAGUGGCUGUCCUCACUGGAAAACACUCGCUGGUUAGAGUACGUUAGAGCCUUUCUUAAGCAUUCUGCUGAGCUUGUCUAUAUGAUGGAGUGUAAGCACGUUUCUGUAGUUCUACAAGAGGAAGAGGGACGGGACCUGAGCUGUCUUGCUGCUUCUCUCAUUCAAGUCAUGCUGGAUCCUUAUUUUCGAACAAUUGUUGGAUUUCAAAGCUUAAUCCAGAAGGAAUGGGUCAUGGCAGGAUAUCAGUUUUUAGAUAGGUGUAACCACUUAAAGAGAUCUGACAAAGAGUCUCCUUUGUUCUUGAUGUUCCUUGACUGUGUUUGGCAGCUGCUAGAACAAUACCCAGCAGCCUUCGAGUUCUCUGAAGUGUACCUGACCAUCCUGUACGACAGCGCCCGCAUCUCCUUGUUCGGCACCUUCCUCUUCAACUGCCCUCACCAGCGAGUCAAGGAAAGCACUGAAUUUGCUAUAAGCAAAAAUAUCCAGCUGGGUGAUGAGAAAGGCCUCAGGUUCCCGUGUGUCUGGGACUGGUCUCUUCAGUUCACGAGCCGGGACCGGCUGCUGUUCCACAACCCGCUGUACAUCGGGAAGAGCACGCCCAGCGUGCACAACGGGGCCCUCCGGACCUUCAAGCGCUCCAAGAAAAACUACAGCUCCACGUUGCGAGGCGUGCCCCCGGCACUAAAAAACGGAAUCAUCGGUGAGCAGGAGUUCCUUCCAAGAAGAAACUCUCUGAUACUAAAACUGAAGCCGGACUUUUUCCAGGCGGCGGAGGGGCAGAGCCACAGUAUGGAGCAGUACUUCAGAGACUGGUUUGCAAAGCCCGUUGAUUUGCACGGCGUCAUUCUGCCCCAUCUCUCUGGAACGCAAAUAAAGCUGUGGAAACUCUGCUACUUCCGCUGGGUUCCUGAGGCCCAGAUCAACCACGGCGGCUCCAUCACCGCUUUCCACAGGGUUUCCUUGCUGGCGGACGAGGUGGACAUGUUAAACCGCAGCCUGCGGCAGUACAAGAGCAACUCCUCCUUGCAAGGCCACUGCUCAGAACUGGAUCAAAGCAGGAUGUACUUCAGAGCAAAUGGUUUAAAUGACACCUCGGGCGCCCCAGACUUUCUCUCCUCCUCAUUCCCAUUUUCUCCUGUAGGGAACCUAUGCAGACGGAGCAUUUUGGGAACACCUUUAAGCAAAUUUUUAAGUGGUGCCAAAAUCUGGCUAUCCACCGAGACGCUUGCAAAUGAAGACUGAGGUGAUGUGGAGGUUUAAAGGUUUGGGGAGAAUACAGCAUAUCAUUUCGUCUUUUCUAACUUAACACUGCUAAAUGCGGCAUUGAAAGCUGUAAUAAUUUUUAUAUACAAACAUUACGUAAGAUUUGCACAAAUAUUUAAAAGCAAGGCAAGUUAUGCUUCAAAUCGCACAAUUUUGUCUUCAGUAGUUCUCAUCUGCUGGGGCUUCUGCUCCCCAAUUCCUCCUGUUCUUGGGGGUUUGGCUCAUUACAAGUGCUAGAGCAUUUCAUUAGCUAAUUGAAAGGCUUGGUGUGGUCGUUAGUGAGGGUUCUGCUUGAAAUACCUUUGUUUUCCCAGGAAGUGACUGAAGUGACCCUUUGAUAAAACAGCUGGGAAAGCCAAAGUAGUGCAGUGGAGAUGAACUGCCAGCUGAAGUCUGGGAAGAUACUAUUUUAUCAGACUGCCUCUUCAGGAGUAAUACUUACUUGCAUAGAUACAAACAUGCUAAUGUUCCAUGACUGAUCAGCCUACACUGUGCUAAUGCAGUGUAUCCAUGGAAGGGCUUGUUCCCUUUUCUUUCUCUCCCCAAAAUGCGUUCAUCAACAAUUGGUCAGAUUUGUGCUCUUUGUCACAAGCUUGACUUUAGACUAUGGGAAUCCACAUCAGGACAAUGCACUGUUAACCUUAAAACAUUUACUGUAGAUAUGGUAUUGUAGUAGCUUUAGAAGUGCCUUUAAUUGGGAGCAAACAGUAGCAGGAUUACUCUAAUGCAGCUGACACCCCCCAGCUUUUUAAAACAGAUUGUUGUGGCAAGUCCUUGUUCCAUCCCCUGAUUCCUCUUCUCCAUUUCUGGACACAACAGGCAUCCAGAAGAAGCAGCAGGUGUUCCCUCUUUGAGGUUAAGUCCCACAAGAUCCUCACCUUUUUAUUAAGAGCACCUCAACUACUUAGCAUUAUAUCCCUGCACAGAUCCCGAUCCAUGCCAAUCCUCUCCUCAUCUUUUGCAGAAUGAAGUAGCUUUCAGCAAACUCAUACUGAGCCCUGCUGGGUUCCAGCGAGGAGCACUGGCUCCUUGUUCGCAGUUCCACGAGGGGUGCAGGUGCUGCAAGAAGAGCAGAGUGGUGCCUUCUUUUUGCAGACUGCACAUCCGUAGGGACAGUGCAAGCACUGCCUGGGGGAGUUACUUCCAACAGCCUCCCUCUGCUUCGUGCAGCAGCCUCCUCAUUGUUCUGAAACCUUUUUAAAUUAUGCCUUUCCCUGGAUGCUGUGCCACAAAAGGACUCACAAGGAGAAAGGCAGGAGUGUGAAGAAUUCCAGGAGGCUGGAGAAAUAGUGAUUCUCAUAGAUUAAGGCUCCUGUCAGCUGCCUUCUCUGAACAGCCAGGCUGUAUUUUGUAUUAAAUUAUUUCUGUAUAAACACCAACGUUGUUGAAUUGCCACCGAGCCUCUAUGCAGGUGUUGCAUCACCAGUUAAGGCACCAGAGGCCUUACACGAUGGACUCAGAGCUGUUCUCAGUUUUCUCAGUGGGGAAAAAAGAAAGCUGCCGGAUGGGAAUACACAGUGUAUUCAAGUUUAAAAAAAGGGGAGGGGGUAGGAUUUGGAGAUCUCUGUUUGUAAACACAAACUGAUCUUCAGCACAGCCUGCAUCACAGAGUGGGGUUUGGCUCCCAGGCUGUGCUGUGCUUGCACUGCUGGGAGAGGGAAGCCAGGCAGGGCCAGUGCAAAGCUGAACAAUGUCGGGGUGGGGGUGCUCCCUUUCUUACCUUACCAAACUUCCAAACCCCGUUCCUAUGCAAAGAAGCUGGUGUGUGUGUGCUGUGCACAGCGUGGGCAGGCACAGGCUGUUGUGACACAACGCCAGGUGCUUCUGGGCAACUGUUUGUGAGGAAAAAACGUGUAUUCACCUCAAUUGCCUGACUAUGCUGCAAGAUGAGCUGAGCAUGUUAAAUGGUCCACAAACCAGUUGUGUUUAUUUCCAAGCUUGCUGGAGCAGUCAUCUCACUUGUUCAUUAUUCGAAUGUUUGUAUUAGUUUGUUUUUGCCAUUCCUCUUUUCCCAUUAGCUAACUGCUUUCCCUGGCCUGAUACUUGACAUGAAGACCUCAACCUGUGUGCUUAGUGUCUUUUGGUACCAAUUUUUUUCCUUUUAAAAGGACAGUUAAAACUAUAGUGUCUUUUUUUUUUUUUUUUUUUCCUUAAAAGUAUAAUUUCUUUGGUCUAAAGGUA